AUGGAUUCUGCUCAAUCGGAAGUCAUCCUUGCAGGCGACAUAGCACUAUCUGAUGUUGAAAGAAUUGUUGCAGCAGCAGCAGCGGAAAGUCCACCGCAUUCGUCAAUGCCCACUCGACCAAGCAAUUGGGUACCGAUUCGAGAACAAUAUCGUGGUCAACCUCGACCGCUCAAAAUUAUCACUAUCGGGGCAGGUUUCUCUGGACUUACAAUGGCCUACAAAAUCCAACACCAAUACAAACUUGGCGACCACAUUCAACAUGUUAUUUACGAGAAGAAUCUUGAUAUUGGUGGUACUUGGGAGUACAAACAUGCACAAACAAUUGCUCUAUUUGAUACUGGAUUUACAAUUUCUCAUGUUGGUCAUCAACUUAAUAUUUCAUGGACUUGCGUUAAAAAUGCUAUUAAACGUUAUUGUGAACAUGGUACGUUCAAAGAUCUUUCACGAAUGGGUCGUCCAUCGAAAAUUACACCAAGGACUGCUCGUCAUCUUAAGCGCCUAAUAAAUGGAGAAAACCAAGCAAAUGUCAAUAUUAUUACACAAAAAUUAAAUGAUUGA